AAAUCGUUUCGUUGCUUCACUCAACUACCCGAUAAGAUCGGCGAUGCAAACUUCGAAACACCAUCGCCGAAGUCCUCUGUCUCGACAAGACAGUCCACUUUUGCGAAUCCACCACAUCAUCUGACGAACUCGGUGACAGUUGAAACCGACUUGAACAGUCAAUAUUCCUCGAGUGCUACCGCCACAACAAUCGAGCCCACUGACAUCACUGAUCACCGCAUAAAUAACGACCUUCCUCUACCACUUCCAACAACAUUCAAUAACGCAGUCUUCAUGAGACGGCAUCAGAAUGACCGAGAAUCUUAUAGUAUACUGUGA